UCGCCAAUUGUCAUCAGUCGAGUACCAGACCUCAAAUAAUAGCAAUACAAAAAGCAUCAGAGGCAAUGCCUUACGUACCCGCAAGUUCCUACGAUGGAGACCUUAAGAUCUGGAGUGGAUCAGAGAUCAAAGAGUACUUUGACCCGAAUCUAUCCAUUGGGGAGAUUAUCUUCCAUGAAAUGAGGAGGCACCCUAAGCUGAUUGCCCAAAUAUCCACAACAGAGGAGACAAUCCUCACCCGCGAAGAACUCCAUUUGAAUGCGAUGCGUGUGGCCUCGUAUAUGCGUACGAAGGGUCUCCUCCAGUCGGAUAUCGUGGGUAUUAUCGCCAGGAAUACCACCCAUAUCCCUGCCGUCGCGUAUGGCUGCUUCUUCAAUGGCAUCGCCUUCCACUCGCUGAACAUCGCCUACGAUCGGGAUACCAUCGAUAAGCUCUUCUCCAUCACGCGGCCACGGAUCGUCUUCUGCGACGGAGAUGAGUACGAGAAAGUGAGAGAAGCCACUCGGGACAUGGAGGGUGUGGAGAUCGUUACGAUGCGGAACCAUCCAGAGAAUGGAUCGACGCCCAUCCAGCAGAUACUUUCAUCCCCCAUCGGGGAGAACUUUCUGCCCGUCCAACUGGAGCACGGCAUCGAUCAGACGCUGGCGAUUCUCUGCUCCUCGGGCACCACGGGCAUUCCCAAGGCGGUGACCAUCACCAACAGUCGACAGAUACUAGCCGGCUGCCACUCCCUAACCACAUCGGAUAUUCAGUAUUCACACAGCACCCUCGACUGGAUCACUGGGGUCUUGACAACCAUCACAUCGGCAGUCUACAGCACUACAAGGAUUAUCGCAGAUAAUGUCUUCGAUCCUGUGUACAUGAUGCGGCUCAUAGAGGAGCACAAGAUCACAUGGAUUAUGCAGGCGCCCUCCCACAUGGCAAUGAUGACUAAUUCUCCGGAAUUCGAGUCCGCAGACUUCUCGAGCCUCAGGUUUUACCUAUUUGGAGGAGGUCGCGCUUCCGUCGAGACGCAGCAUCUCAUUAGAAGUCGCCUGAGCAGAGACUGUCUCCAUUUUGCCUACGGCUUCACGGAAUUGGGGGCAAUGGCCACCAUGAACUAUCAUUUUGAUGAGAAACCCAACUCUGUUGGUCGCCUGGUGAGUGGCUUGAAGGCAAAAAUAAUAUCUGAAGAGGGGGAAUCCCUGGGUCCCGAUGAGGUUGGAGAGGUGUGCAUCCGGAAUGGCCAGCACUGGGCAGGAUACUACGGCAAUCCCGAGGAAACUCAUAAGGUGCGCGACUCUCAGAUGUGGUUCCACACGGGGGACCUCGGCUACAUGGAUGACGAUGGCUUCCUGUACAUUGUGGAACGGAAAAAGGACAUGCUGAAGUACCAGAACAUCAUGUACUAUCCGAAUGAUAUCGAAACGAUCAUCUCCGAGAUGCCAGACGUCGCCGAGGUCUGCGCCUUUGGCGUCUGGGAUCAAAUCAAUGGGGAUGAGGCUGCCGCCGCUGUCGUCAAGAGGCAGGGAAGUGAUCUGAAAGCCCAGGACAUUGUGGAUUAUGUGAGAGAUCACACGGAUGCCAAGUAUAAGCAGUUGAAUGGCGGGGCCAUUAUCGUGGAGGAUCUGAAACGGAGUCCCAAUGGCAAAACGAAUCGAAUGGCCACCAAGGCGUAUUUUUUGGAAGUUAAAGAUAGAAAUUAGGAAUCAGAGGAAGCAACGAGAAAUUAUUAGAAAAAAAUACGAAAUAAAGAGUAGAAAAAUACUAUAAAUAAUAUCGGCAAAAUACCCAAAAAAAAAUUAUAU